CCCUUCUCUCUCUUUUUUUUUUUUUUUUUUUUUUUUUCUUACUUUUUAUAUAUAUAUACAUAUAAAAAAAAAUGUAUCGUUUAUCAACACUUGGUAGAGUGUCACUUAGACCUACUAUCCGCGCUGUACCUCAAAUUGCUCGUCAGUCUUUACUUCGUUCUUCUGUUGCACCUUUCCACACCACCAGAACACGUUUCGCUGCACCCGAGUCUAACGAUGGUUUCUUACAUGGAAACUCUGCCAACUAUAUUGAAGAAAUGUAUGAAGCUUGGUUAAGAGAGCCUUCUUCUGUUCAUUUAUCUUGGCAGGUAUAUUUCAAAAACAUGGCCAACGGUGCCUCUCCCAGUCAAGCCUAUACACCUCCUCCUACUUUGGUUCCCUCUGCCAGUGCUCGUUUGCCUGUUUUACCCGGUGACGGUCUUGCCGGUGCUGGUUCUUCUGAAGUCAUUGACCAUAUGAAGAUCCAACUUUUAUCCAGAGCUUAUCAAGUCCGUGGACAUCAUAUUGCCAACUUGGAUCCUCUCGGUAUCCAACACGCUGAUUUAAACUCUUCUACUCCUCCCGAAUUAGCUCACACUUACUACGGUUUCAAGGAUGCUGAUCUCGAUAGAAGCUUCACUAUCGGUCCCGGUAUCUUACCUGCCUUCACCAAGACUGGUACUACCCUUACUCUCCGUGAAAUCAUUGAUCAUUUGAAGAAGAUUUACUGUGGUUCUAUCGGUGUUGAGUACAUUCACAUUCCCGAUCGUGCUCAAUGUGACUGGAUCCGUGAACGUAUUGAAACUCCCGAACCUUACAAGUACUCUGUUGCCGAGAAGCGUGUUAUCUUGGAUCGUUUAACUUGGUCUGACAGUUUUGAACGUUUCGUUGCUUCCAAGUAUCCCUCUGAGAAGCGUUUCGGUCUUGAAGGUGGUGAGACUUUGAUCCCCGGUAUGAAGGCCAUGAUUGAUCGUUCCGUUGAUCUUGGUGUUGAGUCCAUUGUUAUUGGUAUGCCUCAUCGUGGUCGUCUUAACGUUCUUUCCAACGUUGUCCGUAAGCCUGCCGAAUCCAUCUUCUGUGAAUUCAGCGGUGCCCUUCAACCCUCUGAGGAAGGAUCUGGUGAUGUUAAGUACCAUCUUGGUAUGAACUAUGUUCGUCCUACUCCCUCUGGUAAGCGUGUUGCUCUUUCUUUAGUUGCCAACCCUUCUCAUUUGGAAGCUGUUGAUCCCGUUGUUCUCGGUAAGACCCACGCUCUUCAAUUCUACGGUAAGGAUAACAAGGGUGACCAUGCCAUGGCUGUCUUGAUCCAUGGUGAUGCUGCUUUUGCCGGUCAAGGUAUCAUCUACGAAACCAUGGGUUUCAACGAUCUUCCCUCUUACUCCACUGGUGGUACCAUCCAUGUUGUUGUUAACAACCAAAUUGGUUUCACUACCAACCCUAGCUCCAGUCGUUCUACUCCUUACUGUACUGAUAUUGCCAAGGCUAUCAAUGCUCCCAUCUUCCAUGUCAAUGGUGAUGAUGCUGAAGCCGUUACCUAUGUCAUGCAAUUGGCUGCUGACUGGCGUCAAACCUUCCACAAGGAUGUUGUCAUUGAUUUGGUCUGUUACCGUAAGCACGGUCACAACGAGACUGAUCAACCCAUGUUCACUCAACCUCGUAUGUACAAUGCUAUUGCUAAGCAAACUCCCGUUGCCGAAAUCUACGAAUCUCAAUUGAAGAAGGAAGGAUCUUUGACCGAUUCCGAUAUCAAGGAUAACAAGAAGCGUGUUUGGGAUCUCCUCGAAGAAAGUUAUAAUCGUAGCAAGGAUUACAAGCCUGCCACCAGUGAAUGGCAAUCUAGUUCUUGGCCUGGAUUCAAGUCCCCCAAGGAAUUAGCUGAGGAGAACUUACCUCAUUACCCUACUGGUGUCGCUCUUGAGUCUCUCCAAAAUGUCGGUAAGGCCAUGACCACUCUCCCUCACAACUUCAACAUCCAUCGUAACUUGAAGCGUAUUCUUCAAAACCGUGAAAAGUCUUUGGAGGAAGGUAAGGAUAUUGAUUGGGCCACUGCUGAAGGUUUGGCUUGGGGUACACUCCUUGCUGAAGGUAAGCACAUCCGUGUGUCUGGUCAAGAUGUUGAGCGUGGUACUUUCUCUCAACGUCACUCCGUUCUUCACGACCAAAAGGAUGGUAGCAAGCAUACUCUCUUGAACCACAUCAGCCCUGAACAAGGUGUUCUUUCCAUCUCCAACUCUUCCUUGUCUGAAUAUGGUGUCCUUGGUUUCGAAUUGGGUUACUCUCUUGUCAACCCUGACUCUCUCGUUGUCUGGGAAGCUCAAUUUGGUGAUUUUGCCAACACAGCCCAAGUGAUUGUUGAUCAAUUCUUGGCCUCUGGAGAACAAAAGUGGCUCCAACGUACUGGUUUAGUUAUGUCUCUUCCUCACGGUUAUGACGGUCAAGGUCCUGAGCAUUCUUCUUCCAGAAUUGAACGUUACCUCCAAAUGUGUGAUGAUAACCCAGAAGUCUAUCCUUCUCCCGAAAAGUUGUCUAGACAACAUCAAGACUGUAACAUGCAAGUUGUUUACCCUUCUACUCCUGCUCAACAGUUCCAUGUCUUGCGUCGUCAAAUCUGUCGUCAAUUCCGUAAGCCCUUGAUCAUGCCCUUCUCCAAGUCUCUUCUUCGUCAUCCUCUUGCCAAGUCCAACUUGAAUGAAUUGGUUGGUGAUACUCACUUCCAACUUUACUUGCCUGAAGAACACCCCGAACAUCUUGUCGAGCCCGAAAAGAUCACCAAGCACAUCUUGUGUAGUGGUCAAGUGUACUAUGCCCUUUUGAAGGCACGUGACCAAAACAAGAUGAACGACAUUGCCAUUUCUCGUGUCGAACAAUUGAACCCCUUCCCUUAUGAGCAAGUGAAGGAUCAUGCUGAUAAGUAUCCUAACGCUGAGAUUGUCUGGUGUCAAGAAGAACCCUUAAAUAUGGGUGCCUGGCAACACGUCCAACCUCGUCUUGUUACCUCUUUAUCUCAAACCGAACAUCAUGCUGGUAAGACUCCUCGUUAUGCUGGUCGUGCUCCUUCCGCCUCUGUCGCCACAGGUCACAAGAAGAAGCAUUAUCAAGAAGAAUAUGGUCUUUUAGCCAAGGCCUUGACUGGUGAAGCUAGUCAACCCAAGGAAGUUACCCAAGGUGUCCCCAUUUGGUAAACAAACAGACUCUUUUUUUUUUUUUUUCCCUAGAUUUUCUAUAUAAAAAAAAAAAAAAAAAAAUAGCCUUUUUUUUUACCUCUCUCUUUUUCAUAAUUCAUCCCCCUCUCCCCCUUUUUUAAAAAAAAAAACUUUGCCAAAUAAACUGUAUAUCGUCGGGUUAUGUUUUAUUCUAC